ACCGCUUAUUGUGAGGCUGCCCAAGGUCGCUGAAACGAAACGGCGGGCGACUUUGAAAAGACAUGACUUUUCUACCGUGCCGUUGGGAUAUGUGCUUUUAGUUUCGAUCUUAAGACUGCAGUAAUCCGAGGCUUGUGUUACUUCGGACUAUCGCUUACUGCUUUUGUUGAUAAGUUCAAGUUCAUCGUGUGCACUUGCUGGGGUGUUGACUCACCUUUUCUUCGGUUCUCUUUUCCAGUCCCCUUCACUCACGCUAGUCCCAUUUCUCCCUUAGUAAACAAAAAUAUCUUGUGAUUAAGCACAGGUUGCCACUUCUCUGAUGAGUAUCAAGCCAUCUGUGGGUUGUGAGCGCUGUGUGGAUUCUCUCGUGUCUCUUUGGAGCUUCGUAUGUGGUUCUACUUUGUUUCUGUUCCUUCUUUACAUUGAUGUUUCCUCUUCGAUAGUAAACUGUGUUUUUAAGUCCCUUCUUCUUCAGAGUUGUCUGCUAGUCCCCACAUCGCUAAUCGUUGUAUCUAACGUAAGCAGAUUUGUUAAUGGCGUCCAUCAAUGCCCUAUUUAUGGGAACUUUUGGCGCGCAUACUUUCUAGGCUGUGUUUUCGGUCUUGGAUCAUUCUUUGCCUUUCAAUCUGCCAUGAGGAAAAUUCGAAGUGACUUUUGUACAUUUGGAAUUUAUCUUGACUUCCUUGCAUUUUUCCACUGGUCCGAGUUUUAUUUCACUUCCAUUUACAACCUGAGUAAUUGUUCACUCGACAUAUAUAUGCUCACACAUAGCUCUGAAUAUGUUCUAGCCCUUACCGCGAGUGUACUUGAGUACUGGCUAGAGAAAUACUUCCUAUACGACGUGUUUUCAUCAUACAAAUGGAGUAUUACUGUUAUCAACUGUCUGGGGUCUGGAAUGUGCAUUUUCGGCGAAGUUUUACGUAAACUAGCUCUGCUCACAGCUGGGGGAAAUUUCAAUCAUUAUGUGCAGUUCACAAAAAAUCGCAAACAUCAGUUGGUAACAAGUGGAGUUUACUCGUGGUUUCGCCAUCCGGCUUAUGUUGGGUGGUUCUGUUGGUGCAUUGGUACUCAGAUUUUACUCAUCAAUCCCUUGUGUCUAGUCGCUUAUACUAUAAUGACAUUUGUUUUUUUCAAAGGAAGAAUAUAUGCUGAAGAAAAGGCACUAGUAGAUUUUUUCGGAGAAAGUUAUCGAAAGUAUCAAAAAUUGGUUUCUACUGGAAUACCUUUCAUACAUGGAUAUGUAUCUCACUAACUCAUGUCGGUGAUGAGGAAGUGUCAUUUUAUGUAAAAAUUUUCCAAAAUAAACCUCUCCAACUGUAGACUUCCCUUUUUCUUAAACAUCCUUGUGGAUUAAAUUAGUCCACGGUAUUGGUAAUCUAAAUAUUGGUCAAAGUAUCUAAACCUAAGUAGAACUUUUCACAAUCCCAUUAUAAUAGGAUUAGUAGGAACUGGUGUGGUGAAUCCAAGUUGAACUUACUUUUAACCAUAGAACUCGAAUAAUCUCUAAAAUGUUUGAUCUUCUGAAGGGUUAGUAAACUACCAUUGUCUAAUUCAUUAACGGACCUGUUCCUAGUGUUAAUUCCAUUCAUUACCCCAAACUUAGUAAACAUUUCUCGGUUUUAAGUACUUAUUUUGUAAGACAAUCCAGUGGAUUGUUAAAAUACGUCUAGGUCCACACACAUAUAUAACUCUCAAAUGUUUUUAUAGCAUCCGACCUGAAAAACCAGCACCUAAUGUACGUUAUAAUUAAUUUGUAGUCAUUAGCAUACCUGAUACUUAACAAUGUUUGCAAUCGUUUGUUGUUUCUACUCAUUUUAGGCAGUAACACUCCAUACAGACUUGGGAGAUUUAAAAGUGGAGUUAUUUUGUAUGCAGGCACCCUUAGCUUCAGAGUACAAGUUGGUGAUUAUGCUACUUAAUUCAGCUGUCUACAGAAGUUUAGCUAGGAGAAGUAUCCUACUGACCUGUUCACCAGCGAGCGUACCCUAUAUAAUUGAUACGUUUCUGAAGAUAGGAGGGUCAGUAAACCGUGCUGUUUACUGGCCAUUGAGAAAUGAAAUUCAACCAGUUGGCACUUUGUUGAUUCAAAGUUCGUCUCCCGAAACUCUACGCUAUACUUUGCACAAAAUUUCAUCAUUUCGCUGUGUACAUUGUGCUAUAAAUUCGGAGAGCAAAAAGAGUAUGUUCAGGCUCCCAAUGUUUCGCAUCAACUCCGAUCCAUCGAUUUGGCCAGUUGAGAAUGUCGCAAAAUAUUCUUCUUAUCAGUAUCCUGGGAAAUUAUGUGUAAAAGCAAAUCUUUCUAUCCGUCCAUCUGUCCCGUCUUCGAAAGAAAUGACCAGUAUACUUAUGUCUUGUCAAUCAUUUGAUGAUCAAGUUUCCACUUUUUAUCACCUCACACGUUUAACUGAACUGGAUAUUUUGGCUAGAUUUGUUCUAAGUGAUAGUAUUGAAGAAAUCCUGGGUUUCAUAUUUCGUGGGACAAAAGUUUCAAUAUUUGGCUCUGUGUUAAAUGGUUUAGGAUCAGUUAGUUCAGAUGUAGACCUUGUUGUUAAACUACCAUUGAAUUAUGACAAUUUACAGUAUCUUCGUGAUACCAAACCAAACUAUUUGACGUCGGAUUUAUAUCGAACGAAAAUAAUAUCUUUAGAUCCAGAUUGUUUAAAGAACAGAUUCUUAUCUUUUCUACAGAUGAUGUUAAAGAAAUUGGAUCCAUUAGGAUUUAAAUACUCAAGAAUAUACACUGGUCGAGUUCCUAUUAUUCAUUUGGAUCAAAUUCGUGUUCUUGAAGUUGGAUUGGAUAUUUCAUCGCUUACCAAAUCUCCUUUGAUGAAUAAUGGGGAAUCAAAACAUUGUGGGACUAAAAUGGCUGAAAUUCUUCAUUUCCUAACAUUAUGUAUCCCUGAAAUUCCAAAGUCUGUAGCUCUCAUAAAAUAUCUUGCUCGUGAAUUGCGUGUAACUCGUAAUGGUCCAAGUCCUGGAUUUACUAAUUUCAAAUUAAUUUCACUCUUUAUUAACUUUUUACAAGUUUCAAAUUAUGCACCUUCGUUUAUUCGUCUACAAUCUCUCAUUAAAAAUUCCAUCACACUGGAUAGUACAAGUGCUUUUUCUGCUCACACUCAUUUCCCCGAUCUCAACCCAUUUCCAUCGAUAGAAGACUUACUGAGUAACUUUUUGGUUUAUGUAUGCAGCAUAAAACCAUGUGACAUAAUCAUUGACCUUCGUAAUGGCUGUUUAACACCACGACUGGAAUCUACUGGUACUGAGUAUACAGACCAUGUGAUACCUCAUAGAAAACAUUAUGUACUCUGUCCAGACCCUACAUAUCCACAAUGUAAUAUCUGGUCUGGUAUCAAUGAGGAUCAUUGGUCAAGUUUUGUGCAGAUAUGUCGUGCACUACAGGAUACUUUAAAAAUGCAGUGUAAUAAAAAUGAAAAUUCUAAAUGGGGUCUUCUUGCUUUGACUGAUUUUGAUGAUUGUACCAAAUUAAAAUUUGUAAAUGUUCCUGACUACUACCAUCUGAAUUUUUUAGCAUUGUGUGCUUCAGAUUAUUAUAAAGGCUGCAUAUUUCAUCGUAAUAUCAAAGGGUUUAUAGUGCAGACUGGGGAUCCUACUGGAACUGGCAAAAACGGACAGAGUAUUUGGAAAAAGCGAUUCAAAGAUGAAUUUCAUGACUCAUUAAGGCAUAAUGCUCGAGGAAUCAUGUCAAUGGCUAAUAAUGGUCCCGAUUCUAAUGGUUCCCAGUUUUUCAUCACCUACAGUAAACAAACCAUGUUAGAUAUGAAAUAUUCGAUUUUCGGAAAAUCCUAUCAUACUUCUAGUGAUCAAACUCAAAUCAGUGUUGAUUAUGUGAUGAUGUCUGUUGACUCUAAACCGUACCCAUUCCCCAAUGGUCUACAUUUAUUUGGACAAUUGGUGAUCGGACCUCCUGGUAGUGGGAAAACCACAUACUGUGCUGCAAUGCAUGAUUUUCUUGUAAAAUUAGGUCGAAAAGUUGCUGUCAUCAAUUUGGAUCCAGCCAACGAUAGCUUACCUUAUCCAUGUGCCAUUAAUAUGGCUGAUUUAAUUUGUCUCGAUGAGGUUAUGGAUUAUCUUGGCUUAGGUCCAAAUGGUGGACUAAUCUAUUGUAUGGAAUAUUUAUACACAAAUCGAUCGUGGCUAGCGAAUCAAUUAGCUUUAUUAAAACAGAAAGAUCCGAAAAUUUAUUUAAUAUUUGAUUUGCCGGGUCAGGUGGAAUUAUACACACAUCAUCCUUGUAUGCGUCAACUUGUCUGUUAUCUUACAAAUAAACCAACCAAUUUGAAAAUAAACACUAAAAACCAAUUACCAUCACUCUCAUCAAUACAGUCUUCAUCAUCCUUACCAUUAUCUAAAGAUGAAGUACCUAAUUCUCUUGAUUUACAUUUAACAUCAGUACAUUUAAUUGAUUCACAUUAUUGUUCAGAUGCUGGAAAAUUUAUCGCAUGUGUAUUAACUUCUUUAUCAGCUAUGCUUCAAUUGUCUAUACCACAUGUAAAUAUAUUAAGUAAAGCGGAUUUAAUUGAACAAUACGGUGAAUUAGAUUUUAAUUUGGAUUUUUUCACAGAAGUAUUAGAUUUACAAUAUUUAAUUGAUUGUUUACAUAAAACUACAAAUAAUAAUGAUCAGUCAUUAUUCAAUAGUAAAUAUACACGUUUAAAUCAAGCUAUCAUUGAUUUAAUACAAGAUCGUUCAAUUGUUCAAUUCGUGUUAUUGGAUAUACAAGAUCUAUCACAUAUAGAACGUGUUAUGCGUUAUGUGGAUCGUGCUAAUGGUUAUGUGUUUGGAACAAAUGAACAACACAAUCUUCAAAGUUUAUUACAUUCAGCUUCUGGUGUUGAACUGGCACCUGAUUGGAUAGGUAUGAUUCAAGAGAAAUAUAUGUUUAAAAAGAAUUAUGAUGAUGAUGAUAAUCAUAAUACUGACAGUAAUGUACAGAAUGACGAUGAGCCUCAUAUUGAUUUAUUCGCUUAA